AUGUCUACCCUCACGAAAUUCACACCCUCCACGCCUAAAGGCCGACGAUCACGAUCCCCAUAUCUGUCCGCCAAAACAGCCACCAUCUUAAUCCUUGCCAUCUCGAUUUUUCUUUUCCUGAUCAGCAAAUUCACCCUCCCAUCAUUCACUACCUCGCAAAGCCCAGAUCAUAGUAUCAACCAGGAUCUCUAUCCAGAUAUCCAAGUGGCAGAACAGAACUUCAACCCCAACGCUGAUUGUGACCUCGACCUCGACCCUGACAUCGAAUCCGAAGAACAUGACUGUCCGUAUUCGGUACCGCAUACUCAACGUGGAAGCGAGAAAAAGCAGAAGAAUAGUUGGAACUCUUCCUCUUCCGGAGAGUUCUGGAUCUCGGAUCUAGGUCCUAUCGAGCGAAUCCAUGUGAAGUUGAACUCUUCAACGGCCUAA